AUGAUGUUGAAUCCUCUGUAUGCUUUGUCUCUGGACCUUACUGGAGUAGGUUGGUUUGAAUAUUUCAACCUAGAACAAGAGGUUGCUUUGGAUGUCCUAGUAAAAGAGUUUUGGAGAUUUGUUGAUGCAAACUCAAACGGAGAGGUAUCAAGCACUGUGUUAGGUCUCCCUAUCAAGAUCACUCAACAAUCUUCUGUUGCCGUCACAAGAUGCUCAAAUGAAGGCAUGUUGCUUGAAAAUGGGUAUAAGUCAAGGGUUGGCUCAUUCAGAAUCAACAAAGAACUGUUUGAAGACCCGAAGGCUUUAGAGGAAGUUGGAGGGUUCGUUCAAGAGGAACACUUGAUCUCUUCAUCUGCUCCCACUUUCAACAUCUCCAACCUCAUCAAGAUGAGCCUGAUAUCUCCCAUGAGUUGUGUUCGACCUAGUGAUGAUACCAGAAGAUCAAAAGGUCAAGCAAGUAGCUCUCAGGUCUCCCUCUAUGAGGUUGAUGACUCAAUUGCUCCCAUAUAUGCAUACGAUGAAAAGGAAAAAGCCAAGAGCAAUCGAUCUAGAAAGCUCUUAACAGCCACAUCAGCAAAAUCAUCAAGGGAGGCACGAUCUAUUUCUAGUGGGGUUCUUCUGGAACCUCCAAUGGUUGCUCCGGUAGCAUCAUUGCAACUUCUUAAGCUUAUCCCACAUAUUGUGAUACGCACUCUCGAUGCUCCUCUUGCUACUACUUUAGAGUUUGCAUACUCUGCUUUUGGAAGUCCUUCUGCAGCUCCCUUUGCCCUUGUGUUUGAUCCCUCUCAGUUUGUUAAAAAGAGAGAUUUUGAUCGACUGGAAGUGAUAGCGUUUCAGCAAGUCACCUACACUUUGACUAAGACACACACAUAUGAGUGGAACCUUAUACCCGGGUUUGAACAGAACUUAAGCUUAGUUUCCAGAUUGCAUAGUGUGAAUGUGCAAACAGGGGCGCUCAUAGCAUUGACUCAGUAUUACGAUCCUCUCUUAAGAUGUUUCACCUUCCAUGACUUUCAAUUGGCCCCGACAUUAGAAGAAUUUGAGCGAAUAUUGGGUUACUCCUUAGAGAAAGGAAAUCCUUAUCGAUAUGUUGGGCAACCACUGAGUUUGGAUGUAAUUUCUGAAGUGUUGAAAAUUGACAUAAGAGAUUUGGCAAAUUUUUCUGCCAUCAAUGUCUUGUUAGCUUUAAACAAACAUAAACAAAACCCAGUUCAUGCGGUUCUUGCUGAUAAAGGGUAUCAUGUUGGGGUUAAGAGUAAUCGUGAAUGGGCUCAAAGUAUAGCUAGUCUUACUGGAGAUAUAAUUUCAUGGUACUAUAGAGAACAAGGGGUGGAAGAGGAAAUGCCUGAACCUAACCUUGUUGCAAAUGAAGAGAUAGAAGAACCCAAAGCAUCAUUGCCAAAAUUUGAAGAAGAGAAAAAAGAGCUACAAGCGAGGUUAGAAAAAAUAAAAGCUAUUGAGGGGUAUAAUGUUUAUGGCCUUGAAGCUUUCGAUAUGUGUUUGGUUCCUGAUGUGACUAUCCCUCCCAAAUUCAAGGUUCUUGACUUUGAAAAAUACAAGGGCAACACAUGUCCUAAAAAUCAUCUAACUAUGUAUUGUAGAAAAAUGGCAUCUCAUGCUCAUAACGAUAAACUUCUCAUUCACUUUUUCCAAGACAGUUUGAGUGGGGCAUCGUUAAGUUGGUAUAUGCAUCUUGAGCGAAAUCAAAUUCGUUCAUGGAAGGACCUAGCUGAUACCUUUUUGAAGCAAUACAGGUACAACGUUGACAUGGCCGCUGAUAGGAUGCAAUUGCAAAAUUCAUUGAAAAGGGACAACGAAGCUUUCAAAGAAUACGCACAACGGUGGAGGGAAAUGGCCUCACAAGUAGAACCCCCAUUAUCUGAAAGAGAAAUGGUUGGUAUGUUUAUGGAUACUCUUCAAUCGCCUUUUUAUGACAAGAUGAUUGGGAGUAUGUCAUCAAACUUUUAUGACCUUGUCAUGAUAGGAGAAAGGAUAGAAAGUGGGAUGAGGAGUGGCAAGAUCGUAUGUGCAUCAACUAACGUGAAACGACCCCAAACGACAUUCACAAAAAAGAAAGAAGGAGACGCUAAUGCUGUAAUGGUAAACCUCAGAGAGGACAAUCCCAACAUAGGGAGCAAUCCUUUGCCAGGUCACGGGAACGCCUCUGUGAAUUUCAUUGAAGAUGGGAUAGACCAACAUGCAGUAGAUGGUCAUCCAAAUGCAAUAAUUGUCCAAACACCAAUCCCGUUUCCUUAUGGAAAUACCAAGGCAGUACAGUGGAAAUACGAAGUCACAUCCCACUUGGCAGAUCAUCAACCAAGUGAUGGUUGUGAACCUAAAGGAACUGAUGUCACUAACAUCUCAAAGAUUGGUGCAAUGACUCGGAGUGGUCGACAAAGUGAAUAUAAGGUGGUGGAUCAGCUAAAUCAAACCCCUUCCAAGAUAUCAGUUCUCUCCUUGUUAUUAAACUCUGAAGCACAUAGAAGAGCACUGAUGAAAGUUUUAAAUGAAGUCCACAUUACUCACGAUAUCACUGUCGAUCAGUUUGAUGGAGUUGUCGGUAACAUCACUGCUAGUAGUUGCCUGAGUUUUAGCGAUAAUGAAUUACCAGCUGAAGGUACAUAGCAUAAUAAAGCACUACACAUCUCUGUGAGGUGUCGCGAUCAUAUUCUUGCACGAGUGCUAGUAGAUAAUGGUUCAUCAUUAAAUGUCAUGCCUAAAUCAACACUGUCAAAACUAUUUGUUGAGGGAACCUGUUUGAAGCCUAGUGCUUUGGUGGUGAAAGCGUUUGAUGGAUCUAGAAGACAGGUUGUUGGUGAGAUUGACCUGCCAAUUCAAAUCGGACCCCAUAUCUUUGGGAUAACCUUCAAAGUGAUGGAUAUUAAACCGGCGUACAAUUGUCUUUUAGGGAGACCAUGGGUUCAUGCUGUUGGAGCAGUGACAUCCACCCUCCAUCAAAAGCUAAAGUUUAUAGUGAACAAUAAGCUGGUAAUAAUAUAUGGGGAAGAAGAUAUGAUAGUAAGUCAUUUAUCUUUUACAGGCUACAUUGAAAACAUGGAGGAAGCCAUAGAGACUUCCUUUCAAGCAUUAGAAAUUGCCAAUGUCGUCUUCAUGGAUGAAGAAUAUCGUUUAAAAGAACCAAAACUCUCUACCACAUCAUUGAAGUCUACCAAAUCCAUGUUAGAAGGAGGAGUUUUUAUUAAUUUGGGGAAGUUGAUAGAAAUACCAGAAAAUAACAAUAGGUACGGGUUGGGAUAUGUACCUACUCAAGCUUAUGUUGAAAAUAGCAGCGCUAGAACCAUUUCUUGUAAUUUUGAACGUCUGAUUAAUCACGCUGAUGAGGAUUGUGAAGACGAUUGUGAGCUUCCCCCAGAACUAGAAAACCUAAUUGAACAGGAAGCUAAGAUAAUCCAACCCUAUCAAGAACCUGUUGAGGUGAUCAAUUUAGGGACUGAGCAUGAUAAAAAAGAAGUAAAAAUUGGUAUGUCUAUGAAAGAAAGUGAGCGAGAAAAGUUGGUUAAACUUUUAAUUGAUUAUGUGGAUGUCUUUGCAUAGUCAUAUCAGGAUAUGCCCGGACUAGAUACUAACAUAGUUGAACACAAGCUACCACUCAAGCCUGAAUAUCCUCCAAUUAAAUAGAAGUUGAGAAGGAUGAGACCUGAUAUGUCACUUAAAAUUAGAGAAGAGGUCAACAAGCAAUUUGAUGCUGGUUUCUUAGCAGUAGCAAAAUAUCCUCAAUGGGUGGCUAAUAUUGUACCAGUUCCAAAGAAAGAUAGAAAGGUUCGAAUAUGCGUUGAUUAUCGGGAUUUAAAUAAAGCUAGUCCUAAAGAUGAUUUUCCUCUACCUCAUAUUGAUGUCCUAGUGGAUAGCACUGCCCAAUACUCUCUUUUCUGCUUCAUGGAUGGUUUCUCAGGGUACAAUCAAAUCAAGAUAGCUCCCGAAGAUAUGGAGAAAACUACAUUCAUCACACAAUGGGGGACUUUCUGCUAUAAAGUGAUGCCAUUUGGAUUGAAGAAUGCUGGGGAAACCUAUCAAAGAGCAAUGGUAACCUUGUUUCAUGACAUGAUGCAUAAGGAAAUAGAGGUUUACGUGGAUGAUAUGAUCGCAAAAUCUCGAACCGAAGAAGACCAUGUUGUUAACCUUCAAAAGUUGUUUGUGCGACUAAGGAAGUUCAGACUUCGUUUAAACCCUGCUAAAUGCACAUUUGGUGUAAGAUCAGGCAAAUUACUUGGGUUUAUCGUUAGUCAAAAAGGGAUAGAGGUGGACCCAAAUAAAGUAAGAGCAAUACAAGAAAUGUCGGCUCCACGCACGGAAAAAGAAGUUUGUGGCUUUUUGGGUAGAUUGAAUUACAUUGCGAGGUUUAUAUCGCAUCUCACCGCUACAUGUGAACCGAUUUUCAAACUGUUGCGCAGAGACCAAAAGGUUGAAUGGAAUGAGAAUUGUCAAAAAGCUUUCGAAAAGAUUAAGAAGUACUUAUCAAAACCUCCCAUCUUAGUGCCUCCUGUUCUUGGGAAACCACUUAUUAUGUACUUAACAAUACUUGACGAGUCAAUGGGCCGUGUACUAGGGAAGCAUGAUGAAUCUGGUAGGAAAGAACAUGUUAUUUAUUAUUUGAGCAAAAAGUUCACCAGUUGUGAAACAAGAUAUUCACUACUUAAACGAACAUGUUGCGCAUUGGCAUGGGCUGCUCGUCGGUUGAGGCAAUACAUGUUAUGUCAUACAACUUGGUUGGUGUCUAAAAUGGACCCAAUUAAGUACAUCUUUGAGAAACCUGCUCUUACUGGAAGGAUCGCCCGUUGGCAGAUGUUGUUAUCAGAAUACGAUUUGGUAUAUGUUACACAAAAAUCCAUCAAAGGAAGCGCACUAGCAGAGUACUUAGCCCAUCAACCGGUAGAAGAUUAUCAAUCAAUGCAGUGUGAAUUCCCCGAUGAAGACAUAAUGAAUUUAGUUGAAGAGAUUGAAUCAUCUGAUAAAGAAAAGUGGAGGUUGGUGUUUGAUGGUGCUUCUAAUGCGUUAGGGCAUGGAAUUGGAGCCAUUUUGAUUUCUCCAGAAAACCAGUUCACUCCAUUUACGGCUAGGUUGUGUUUUGAUUGUACAAACAAUAUUGCUGAAUAUGAAGCAUGUGUUAUGGGCAUUAAAGCGGCUAUUGAAUCAAAUGUAAAAUUUCUUGAGGUAUAUGGAGACUCAUUGUUGGUCAUCCAUCAGACGAAAGGAGAUUGGGAAACGCGAGAUUCUAAAUUGAUUCCGUAUCACACCCAUAUCAAAGAAUUGACAGAACAAUUUGAGAAGAUUACUUUUCACCAUAUCCCUCGAGAAGAAAACCAGUUAGCUGACGCCUUGGCCACUUUGUCGUCAAUGUUCAAAAUAACCACUAAUCAAGACGUGCCGGUCAUAAAGAUUCAACAAAGAGAUAAACCUGCAUAUUGCUUAUCAAUAGAAGAAGAGUUGGAUGGCAAGCCGUGGUUUUAUGACAUCAAAUCAUAUGUUAAGAAUAAGGAAUAUCCAUUGGGUAUUUCAGAGAACGACAAAAGGGUUUUAAGGAGAUUGUCAAUGAAUUUCUUCUUGAAUGGUGAUGUGCUUUAUAAGAGAAAUCAUGAUAUGGUUCUCCUCAGAUGUGUGGAUAAAGCAGAAGCGGGGAAAAUUAUCCAAGAGGUUCACGAAGGUUCUUUCGGAACUCAUGCAAAUGGGCACACAAUGGCUAGAAAAAUCUUAAGGGCUGGCUACUACUGGUUGACCAUGGAAUCCGACUGCUUUAGUCACGUAAAGAAAUGUCACAAAUGUCAAAUCUAUGCUGAUAAAAUACAUGUACCACCCACUUCUUUGAAUGUUUUAACAUCACCAUGGCCAUUUUCAAUGUGGGGAAUGGAUGUUAUUGGACUCAUCGAGCCUAAGGCUUCAAAUGGACACCAGUUUAUCCUAGUAGCUAUUGAUUAUUUCACAAAAUGGGUUGAAGCCGCUUCUUAUGCCAAUGUGACGAGAAGUGUGGUUGUUAAAUUCAUCAAAAAAGAAUUGAUUUGUCGAAAUGGAUUGCCAAAUAAGAUAAUCACUGAUAACGCGACUAAUCUUAAUAACAAAAUGAUGAAAGAGUUGUGUGAUAGUUUCAAAAUUCAGCACCAUAAUUCUUCUCCAUAUCGUCCGAAAAUGAAUGGGGUUGUAGAAGCAGCAAAUAAGAAUAUCAAGAAGAUCAUACAGAAGAUGGUGAAGACAUAUAAGGAUUGGCAUGAAAUGCUUCCCUUUGCAUUACAUGGCUAUAGAACCUUUGUUCGUACCUCAACAGGGGCAACUCCUUUCUCAUUGGUGUAUGGAAUGGAAGCGGUACUUCCCAUCGAAGUUGAAAUUCCCUCGAUCAAAGUCCUGAUGGAAACAAAACUAGAAGAGGAAAAGUGGGUUCAAUCACGAUAUGACCAAUUGAAUCUCAUAGAAGAAAAAAGAAUGAUAGCUUUCUGUCAUGGUCAGCUUUAUCAGAAAAGACUCAAAAAAGCAUACGAGAAAAAAGUCUGUCCUCGAGAGUUUCGAGAAGGAGAAUUAGUGUUAAAGAAAAUAUUGCCCAUAAAAAAGGAUUCUCGGGGAAAGUGGACUCUAAAUUACGAAGGACCAUAUGUUGUGAAAAAAGCUUUCUCUGGGGGAGCUCUAAUACUCACAGAUAUGGAUGGAGACGAGCUUCCACUUCCAGUAAACUCAGAUGCAGUCAAGAAAUAU